AAAAUAAGAGCGUUGACAAACAUAACGUGAUAUGAACGACGGAGCGACCUUUCCUCGAACACUUCGCCGUCUUCCGCCCUUAAACCAUCAAGUAGGGUGGUUUAACUGCUAGAGGGACACCAAUCUUCACUGACUGCAUGAUGGUCAACCUCUGCUGCCUGUGCUGCGGUGAAAUCCCUCAACCCCGCCCCCCUCCAUCAUCCAGCCAACAGGGACCACCGAGGGAUCCCCGCUCCGUGCAGCAGCAGCAGCAGCUGCAGCAGCAGCAGCCCGCUGGCUCCGGCCCAGAAGCUGUGCGGCUUAAGGAGGCACACAAAAAAGAAGGUUCAAACGGAGGUAACAGAGCAAGUGAAUAGGAGAGUUUGAGCUCACAACGGACAUGCGAAAAGUGCAGCAUGCUCUCUUCCGAUCUGGACUCUGCAGCGGAGGACACAGCGGCCAGCGCUGCCAAUGAUGCUGAUGGAGAGGAGCAGGAGGAAGAGGAGGAGGAGGAGGACUCACCGGCUGAGAGUGAUGUCCUGGAGGAGCAGUGUCCAGUGAAACAGUCUCUAGGUGCUUGUGUCUACCGGGACUCCCACUGGCGCUGCCUGCUGCUCUCUCUGCUCAUGUACAGCUGCUUGGGCGUUGUGUUCUGGUGCCAGGUGACUCGGGUCACCAAGAUCAGCUUCAACCCGGCCCUCACGGCCUCCUUCACGGCCUCCUUCACCUCCUCCCUGCGUGGGGCAACAGGUAUGGGUGUCGGAGGACACUCGAUGAUCUACCAUGACAGCCCCUGCUCUGAUGGCUACAUCUACAUCCCUCUGGCCUUCCUGCUCAUGCUUUAUGUCCUCUACCUCGCCGAGUGCUGGCACUGCAGAGCCCGGAGCGAGCUGCAGGUCAAAGCCAACGUGGACAGCGUGUACGAGCGCGUCCUGCGGAUGCAACAGGCCCAACCUUGCAUUUGGUGGAAAGCGAUCAGCUACCACUUUGUACGAAGGACUCGACAGGUCACCCGAUACCGCAACGGAGACGCCUACACCACCACACAAGUGUACCAUGAGAGAGUGAACACCCAUGUAGCUGAAGGGGAGUUCGAUUACAGCCGAUGCGGUAUGAAAGACGUGUCACGAGACCUCAGAGGUUUGGAGGGCCAUUCGGCGACUCGGCUUCGAUUCACGAAAUGUUUCAGCUUCACCGAGGCUGCUCCGGAAAAUGAAUACCUCAACCAGAGAGCCAGGUUCUUCUCUGAGAUUGAGGGUUUGGACGAUUACAUGGAGGCGAGGGAGGGGAUGCAGCUGAAGAACGUGGACUUCAGAGAAAACCUGAUUGCCUAUGUGGACCCAGAGAGGAUGCCUUGGUACAAUUCCGAUGCUGUCUUCUGGCUGGCGGCUCUCCUGAUGCUGUCCUGGCCACUGCGGGUGCUGGUAGAGUACCGCACUGCUUAUGUGCACUACCGUAUAGAGAAACUGUUUGGGUUGGAGUACAGCCACAGCAGCCCCUCUCCUCAGGAUGAAGACAGGCCUUCCAGAAAUAACACCGGCUGUGUUAUUCCCAGAGUCGACACUCUGGACAGCACAGAGAUGGAGUGGCACAUUCGCUGUAAUCGUCAGGUGAUUCCCAGCUACUCUGAGGCCAUGCUGAUCAACAUGAGCACGGCAGACUCCAACUCAUUACAGGACACAGAAAACACUUCCUCCUCAAACUGCUUCCUUCUGGAUUCCACUGCUCAGAGCUAUGGCGCCCUCCAAAGCCAGGACGACCCAGAGAGACGCAGCGAGCCAAGCCGACAAGGAGGCAGGAGAAGGAGCCAGGACGACCCCGAGAGACGCAGCGAGCCAAGCAGACGAGGGGGCAGGAGGAGAACCAUCACCAGCUCCAGCUGCUCCUCCAUCUUCUCCUGCCGUGGAGCUCUUUUCCACUCCCACCUGUCUUCAGACAUAUCCCGCUUCUCCCUGUGCCGCAUGUACGGCUCGCAUCGCUCCGUGGCUCCGUGGAGGAGUCGCAGCAGCGAUCUGACAGAGCCAUGCUGUGUGGAUGAGCAGUGCUGCAGGUCAGACUCAAGCCAACUUGCACUCAGCGACAGCCCUCCCACUUACAGGGACGCCCGGUUCUUCCCUGUUCUCAUCGUGCAUCGGUCCGAGGGCUGUAGCAGUGAGGACGGGAGGGAAGUGAGACGUUACUACAUACGAAGGGGGUCGUCCUGUGUGGAGACAGCCCUGUAAUGACAUGUAAGGAUGGAUCCCACUCAGGAGUGUCAAAAAUCAAUGAGUCUUCAAAUGAAAUUGCAAUUACAGUAAAUAUUUAUAUUAUCCCUACAUAAGUUGUAUACCUACAGAGGUGUGUACAAGCCAAGGACAAUUUUAAAUGUCAUAUUUAUGAAAUGGUGCACCCAUGACAGAUGAGAACUGCACCACCUCAGCAGCCCUGCUCUUUUCGUCUGUCAUUUUAUUUUUAUUUUUAAAUCACAGUAAACAAUGCUCCACCAAAUCCAACUCUGACUGUGUACAUGAUGGAAUAUGUACACGGACAUUUAGGCUACGAGUAAUACAAAAAAAAAAAAGAGAGAGAAGUUGCAUGUAAUUACCAAAGGUGUAUUUAGUUUCUUUUAUGUGAUUUAUAAUCAGCAAGGCGAAACCAAAGACAUGCAGACAUGAGCAUUCUGUUUUGUUCUGUUGUUGUUUUUUUCCCAUGAUUUUCAUAAACACUACAAAGCAUUAUUGAUGAUUGACAAGAGAUAUGCAGAGUGGUGAAAAUGAAGUGAAUGUCAAAAUGAAAGUAAUUAAAGUGUUUCUGAAGGA